AUGAAUCAGAAAUAUGCGAAUGGAUCGAUAAACGCGAGUUAUGUCAAACUAACAGUGCCCGAGAACUUCAUAAAGGUUAGUAGGCAAAGACUAAAAAUAUAAUAUAAAUUUCAGUUACACAAAAGCAAAAAAGAUGGAAAUCAAACGAUAGACUUCUCCACUACUUCAAACUCUUUCCUUACGCUGGCCACCACGCUCGCCGUCUUCUUUUGUUUCCAAGUGGCGAUUUCUGUGAAUCCACACUCCGGAGAGUCACAACCGCCCAUGUUUGGCGACUAUGAAGCACAGAGACACUGGAUGGAGAGCACUUAUAAUCUGCCGAUCGAGCAGUGGUACGUGAACGGUACACACAAUGAUCUACUCUAUUGGGGUCUCGAUUAUCCGCCGCUCACCGCUUAUCAUCAUUGUUUUUUGGGUUUUGUGUAUGUUUUCCGCACUGUGUUCCCUUAAAAAUAUGUUCGGUUCAUUUCAGAGCUCAUAAAAUCAACAAAAGCUGGAUAACUCUCGGCGGCUCGCGCGGAUUCGAGUCGGUGGCUCAUAAGCUAUUUAUGAGAAUCUCCGCCAUUUUGCCCUUUUACAUUUUCUAUCUUCCCCCGCUGAUUUUCCAUUUUUCCAAUUCAAAGAGUACGUCUCCCCUUCUUCAGGCCCUUGCUCUUCUUUAUCCCGGACUGUUGGUCAUAGACAACGGACACUUCCAGUGAGUAGAAACAAAACAUCAAUUAAAAAGAAUUUGUUAAAUUUUACACGUUAAAAUGCUUGGGCGCAACAUUUGCGUAAGGUCACGUGAAAUGUACUUGACAUGGUUCUAUAAAUUCCAUGUCUCCGUACGAUGUCAAUGCACACCUCAAUUUUCAGAUACAACAGCAUUUCGCUCGGCCUCUUUAUUACGAGCUAUGUAUUUCUCUCCAGAAAUCGCACUAAAAUCGGUUCGAUAUUUUUCGUGGCCGCUCUGAACUACAAGCAGAUGGAACUGUACCACGCCUUGCCCGUCUUCGUUUUCAUCCUUUCCAGGUCUUUUAAUCGCUCAUCGUUUGUGGAUUCAUUUCUAAAAAUCGCGAAAAUCGGAGCCGUUGUAAUCGCUACUUUUUCGUUCAUUUGGCAACCCUUUCUGUUGAACGGAACCGCGAAAGACGUGCUUAUUCGCGUUUUCCCGUUCAAUCGAGGAGUUUAUGAGGAUAAAGUGGCCAGUUUCUGGUGCGCUUUUUCGUUCAUUCUAAAACGAUUGCCGAUUGAAAGUUUGCAGAUUCAGAUGAGGUUUGUCAAAUUAUCAAAUUAAACUUGUAGUAUUCGAACAAUUCUUCCCGUUUUCAGCGCCGCCCUGGUUCUCCUUUGCUCACUUCCAUCUCUAAUGCAACUAUUCCUCCGCCCAUCCGACAAAAACUUCCGUUUGUCACUGGUUGCCACAUCACUAUCUUUCUUCCUCUUCUCAUUCCACGUCCACGAAAAGACGAUCCUUCUAGCGGCCGUGCCUGCUCUCCUCCUGCUUCCCGACUAUCCCGAGCACGUGCUCUGGCUGCUGAGCAUCUCAAACAUCAGUCUGUUCAGUCUGUGCGUCAAAGACAACUUCUGCUUCUCGCUGGCCGUCUUUGCCGCCUAUUUUAUAAUCUCUACAGUUUUGUUUGAUUUCAAGACGAAAACCUCUUUGUUGAAGAAUGUUUCCGUUCUAAUCGGUUUUUCUAUUUGUAUUCUAGAGCUUUAUGGCCCGAAAAGCGCCAGAUUUCCUCACAUUUAUCAAUUGGCCAACGCAUUCUAUAGUUGCCUCCACUUUUUAUAUUUUCUCGGGUUUUUCACGGUUAAAUUGGUCAGAGGGUUGGAGAAACCAAAAAUUCAAUAAACAAUCGGCUUCUUCUUCAGCUCUGCUACGAAAAUUGUCUUUCUGUGUGGUUUAGAUACCCCAGUGUGUUUGAGUGAGUCGGCGAAAGUUCAAAUUUUUAGUGUACACCCGCCAAAUUUACUGGCGCGCACGCAAGACGCGUCAUGCUCUGCAAGCAUGGGGCGCCAAAUGUAGCUUUUUUUGGCGCUUCAAUCACGUUUUUCUCGCUUGCUACCUCCCCCAAAUUGCUAAUCAUCUGUCCCUCAUCAAAAGAAAGAAGCAGAGCUUUUUAUGGCAAAUGAUGCUUUUCUUCUUUUCGCUGCUUUCGCACAAAAAUCUUGUCUCGCAAAACGAGCCCUAAAAUGUCAAAUUUUGCGGGCUUUUCGUUAAUCCAUGGUUUAGUUUACCCAACCAAAAAGUCCCGAAAAGGAUUACUCUCCUCAUUUCAAAAAAGAAGACGUCGCUUUCGUUCCGCAAACGCACACUUUCGACCCCAAUAAUAGUCAAUUUCCGGGGACGAAUCCUUUUUGUCGCGCGCCGCGCACACCAUAAGAUGAGCCCCAUUCAACAACGCGUGGUUUUAUUAGUUUCUGCUUUCUCGGCCAUCGCGUGCCUGUCUAGUGCAUCUUCAUUACGUUUCUCAAGUACUUCUCGCUCUGUCUUUCUUUAGGAUUAGUUUUCUUCGUCGAAAACACUCGGAACCUUUUUAUUCUUCAGAAGUUAUGGUACGGGUGGAUGAUUCGGAAGUUGAAACGCCCGGCGGGUACGUUCGACUAGCCGGCAAAGGUCUUCCCGGCGGCGAGCAACAACCGUGCAGCUCUCCCGAAGUGGCUGCCGCUCCGUCCGACGAGAACAGUCCGGGCAGAACCACCCAACUCGCUCUGCCGUCCUCAUCAAGUGCCGCCAGCUCAUCCACCUAUCAAAAUCUGAUUCCCCUCGAUGAAAAUGAACACAGAUAUGUGGGACUUGUCAAUCAGGUAAGGCAACUCGUCGUAUUUAAAUAUCGCAAUCUUUCUCAAUUUUGAGAUAUAAAAUUGUGGAAAAAUAUCGGAUUUUAUUAGCAUUUUUUAACCAUUCUCUUUACAGGCUAUGACGUGCUACCUGAACAGUCUCGUGCAGUCGCUCUACAUGACUCCCGAGUUUAGAAACGCCAUGUACGAGUGGGAAUACGUACAACAACCGGCUCACGCUAAAGAGCAGAAGCGAAAGGCGGAUCAGAGCAUACCGUGCCAGCUGCAGAAGCUGUUUCUCUUGUUGCAAACAUCUGACAACGACUCGCUGGAGACAAAAGAUUUGACGCAGAGCUUCGGGUGGACGUCAAACGAGGCGUACGAUCAGCACGACGUACAGGAGCUGUGUCGUCUGAUGUUUGACGCUCUGGAGCACAAAUGGAAGGGAACGAAGCACGAGAAGUUGAUUCAGGACUUGUACAGAGGCACGAUGGAGGACUUUGUGGCGUGUCUGAAGUGCGGUCGCGAGAGUGUCAAGACUGAUUACUUUUUGGAUUUACCGUUGGCAGUGAAGCCGUUUGGCGCUAUCAACGCCUAUAAAAGCGUCGAAGAAGCGUUGUCCGCUUUUGUACAGCCUGAAUUGCUUGACGGAUCCAACCAGUACAUGUGCGAGAAUUGCAAGAGCAAGCAGGACGCUCACAAAGGACUUCGCAUCACUCAGUUCCCCUACCUGCUCACAAUCCAGCUGAAACGUUUCGAUUUCGAUUACAACACCAUGCAUCGAAUCAAACUGAACGACAAAAUGACGUUCCCUGACGUGCUGGAUCUCAGCGAAUAUGUCAAAAAAGACAGAAGCGGAGGAGGAGAAGAAGGGACGCCGAUCGAAGUGCCGAAGGAGGGCGACGACGACGAUAUGGAACUGGGAUCACCGGAUCUAAAGAGGUACACGCCAGGCAAUCAUGAUUCGCCUAAUCGAUACAGUUUCCGAGGAGAGGAAAGUGGUUAGUCCAAUAUUUUCACGUUUCAGUCAUGCUAGUAGCUGCAUGUGUUUUCAGCAUGCGUUGGUAAUCCAAUUGACCAUGAAGCCGUCGACGAGUUGAUCAAGACGAGCGGUGAUAACGUCUACGAACUGUUCUCCGUAAUGGUUCACUCUGGAAACGCCGCCGGAGGGCACUACUUUGCAUACAUUAAAAAUUUGGACCAGGACAAAUGGUACAUUUUCAACGACACUCGCGUCGACUUUGCCUCCUCCCAAGAGAUCGAGAGGAGUUUCGGAGGAAGUCCGGGCGGAUGGAAUCACUCGAAUACGAAUGCGUACAUGCUCAUGUACCGAAGAAUGGAUCCGAAACGCAACGCCAGCUUCAUUCUCACGGACAGACUGCCGCAGCACAUCAAGGAUUCGCAAGAAAAGUGGCGGAUUCAAGAGCAAGAAGCCGAAGAGGAACGUCUCCGAAAGCUGAGCCUGAUCCAGGUGUACGUUAGCAUCAACUACCCGUUCCCGUCGUUUGUGCACCACGUUGACAAUCAAAUACUUGACUUGACUUCUAAGAAGUAUCAGAUGGCCGAGGAUUUCUGCGAGUAUAAAACUGAGAUUUCGCGUGAACAACCGAUAAAAUCAGUAUUCAACCAUGCAUUCGACUUUUUCAAUGAGCGAGCACGCGCCUACAACCUGACUAUUUCAAAGAGUCAUGCUCGACUCAUUUACGUGGAGCACAACACACUCAAAAUGGACUUCCGAUCGCCGUCCGACCUGGAGAAAAAGCUGAGAGUGGUGUUCAAUCCACACAUAGGCGAGCCUGGAUCCUUGUACCAAGUUCAUUUCAUUCUCGAUAUUCGAUUUGCACCCGGUUUCUUCCCUGUCGAUGUUCCGUUGGGAAUGACCAUAAAAGUGCAGAGAGUGGACGUCGGAAAGCGAACAACGGCCAACGAGCUGAUUAUGGUUGUGAGGCCGGACGAGAAAAUGAUCAAGGUGAAGGAGAUGAUCGGAUCGCAGUUCUGUGACGACAUUCACCAAGUGUGCCAAUCGCGAAUGGUUCUCGAGGCCGCCUCGUCCAGAUGCGAAUUCCUGGUGAUCGAUCAGUCACAGAACGGAGUCGAGUUCCGAAACCUCAUCGCACACCACAUGGGACAGGCUCUGCCGACGGUAAUUCAUCGCAAAUCAGAAUAAAAUCGAAAAAUAUCAUUUUCAGUUGUACUACGACGGCGGUCUUAACAAAAUGGUGUCAGAAGAGUCGAAGAACGAGACCCUCAUCGAUCGUAACAGACCGUUUGAAACGUCCCUCAUGUACCAGAUCCUCGACAGAAAGUGCUUCUCUACAUUCGUCAAGGUUCGCCUGCCAUCGCAGGAGGAGAUCGAAAAAGCGGCGACGACAAAGAAUGUGUAUCAAGGGCCAAGUUGGGCGGAGACGAUGGCACUUAUGAACGAGGAGGAUAGGGUGUGGAAUGAGCCACGGGCGCAGGUCGAUGUGCUCUCGACGACAUCCAAGAACGAGAGCGGAGACAUGCCACUUUUGGUUAAACUUGAUUUUUUUCAAGAAGUCCAAUUUAGUUUUCUCAUUUCAGGCGGAUACUGACGAAGAAACAGUCGCAUCAGGACGAGUUUCCACAUCUUCAAUGCGAUCGAUCAGCAUGGACGAGAUCGAUUCGAACGAAAUGGUAUCCGGAAGCUUCUGCAACAACACACCGCAACUGUCUCCGUGCGUAUCGGAAGGCGACGACUUGGAUCCGAAUCCCAGCAGUGUGGAGGGUAAAGCGCAGUUGAUGGAGGACUACAUUCAGAACAAGACGUCUAACAUCUAUCAGAACUUCUCGCCGGCCAGUCAAUUGUCGCUCAAUAAGAAUCUGAAAGUGGCACUCGGAGAAGACACAAGUGGCGCCGAGUCUCCGUCGGCAGUCAGCAGUGGUCAGUCCACUCUGGUUCCGUCCACUUCUAACCAAGCACUCUCCCGGUGCGAGGAUUCAGUCGAAGGAAAGAUAGUGGCAGUUUUGUCGCACGAAAACUAUCAUAAACUCGACAUUGACCGUCGCAUGAAGGUGUCCGAAUUCAAGAAGUGGGUGUCGGAGCAGCUGAAAAUGGACAAGAACCAGUUUGUGAUCAUGAAACACACAUCGGACGAUGGAUCAGACCCUGGAUACGAGACGAACGCGUCGGACGAGGAGAGCAUUUCGGGGGCCUUCCAGUCUUGCUUCAUCUCAAUAAAACUCCGUGCUCCGCUCAAACAGAACGAGCGAAUGAUUCAGAUAAUUCUUUUCGACAUGCUUGAGAACCAGCGGGAAAACUGGAAGACAUUGUUUGAGUUGCCAAUCUCGCCGAGCACAGUCAUCGGAGACGUGCUUCUUCAGUGCCUUCGCAUGUACAAGGAGAUUUAUGGAGAGGAGCUCACUCUGAAACAGUCAGUAUUAAUUGAAUAUUCAACUUUGCCUGAUCAUUUUAUUUCCAGGGUGCGUCUACGAGAUGUCGGAGGGAACGGCGGGCCGGGCAACUCACGGGCAGCUCUCAACCCGAACGACACAAUGGACAAAAGACCUUUCAAUUGGGGGGCGCACCUUUACCUUCAGAUCAUCACCGACGAGACGAUUAUUGGAAAACCGGGAGAGCCGGUGUUGGUGCGAAGGUUCCGUCCUUCGACAGUAGAAACCAGUGCGACGCACGAGGUGCUUGUGGACGCGUCCGCCGAGAAUCCGGUGCAGUCGUUCUGCGAAUCAAUCUCCGCGCAUUCUGGAAUUCCGAUCGACCAGCUUGCUAUCACGGAACCGAGGGAAUUCAAUUGGCAAAAGUGGCCGUUCGUAAAGAGCCGACUGGAUAUGCUUGACAACAAGUGAGUUUUGGAACUGAUAUGCGCUGCAUGCAGCUGCGCAUAGUCACAAGAAAGUUGAAUGAGCAUUUUUUGUUUUCAGGGUCAACUUCACCCGAGAUCUUCAUCUGAACUACCCGCAUCCGCGCGAGUUCCUCGACAAAGUCGGCGCCCGAGUCUUGUACUACAAGGACGCCGAAGAGGAGACGAAGUUGCUCACGGAGGAGGAGCGAAAGCAGAUCAAGAUCAAGGAAAACGGACAGGUUUGUGGAAACCACGAGCCAAUACGACCAUUCUCUUUUACAGUCUGCGAAUGUGAAUCGCCGGAAAGAACGACCACUUCGCAUCCAGAUGAGCUCCGUCAGCGAGGCCUAG